CGAAGCCUAAACAAACCCACCCCCAAUCGGGUCGCCAAUUGCCAGUCUAAUCAACUCAUCAACCGCCCUCUUCCCCCGUCGGGCAAAGCUCUUCUCCGCUUCUUCCGCUGUCGAGUUUCCCGGCGCAGCUCGCCAGCUCCCUGACAGUCGCGAUCGACCUUCGAAUAUUCCGGGGCCAUCAAAGGAUUGAAGGCGAAACUUACAGAACCACCCGAGAGGAACAAUGGGGAGAUCGAAGGGAGACGGAGCCAGAAGCAAGUCUCGUCCCUCUAGCAGCAGUUUGGCUGCGUCUCUAUUGCCACAAGGUGCACCUGCAGUAGGAUUCGGCGGCUUUGUUGGUAGCUCCCGUGUCGAGCCUUCGUUGCCAACAGAAGAAGCUCCUUUCACGGAGAUUGAUAGUGAAUUGGCACAACACCUGAAAAGGCUUGCAAGAAAGGAUCCUACCACCAAAAUUAAAGCCUUGGCAUCACUGUCUCAGUUAUUCAAACAGAAAAAUUUAAAGGAGAUAGUACCUAUCAUUCCACAAUGGGCAUUUGAAUUCAAGAAGUUGCUGCGGGAUUACAAUCGAGAGGUUCGGCGGGCAACUCAUGCAACCAUGACUAAUCUUUUCAACGUUGUUGGAUAUUUUGAUGGAGCAGAAGCCAUAAAUAGUUUCCAUUGUAGUCUUACUGAUCAGAUCCUUAUUAAGCUCUUGUGGCAUUAUUACCUGCACUCCGAGAACUCUAAGGAUAACAAUGAUUCUUCCUCAGAUGCAUCUUUUAAACCAGGACAACUAGGGCUUAAUGGCAACAGUUCAGCAGGCUAUUUUCAGGAUCUUGGGAAUUGCAUCAUUGAGAUUCUGUCAGGGAUCAAUUCUCUAGAGCAUAAUAUGCUCAUGAUUUUCUGCGCUGCAUUUCAAGAGUCCUGCCUGGGAAUAUUUCAGUUGCCAGAGAGCUCUAUUAAGUGUGUAGAACAGGUAAAACGAGUGACGGAGUUCUUGUUAUUAUUGGACCAGCAGGUUGUGCAGAAAAGUGAAACUUGGCCUUUCUCUGAUCUGGUUGGACCAACUUUGGUGAAGUGUUUCCCUUUGAUAAAGGAAAAGGAACAUGAUUCCCAGUAUUCAGUGAGAUUCAUGGUGGCAAUUGUUCAUAUAUUUGGUCCACACAAGAUAGUUGAAGAACUUUCGGGUUCAAAGCUGGGAGAGGAAGAUUUUUUGCAUGCUUUCAGUGAAACUUUUAUUCCUUGGUGCUUACAAGAUCACAGUAGUACCGGGAUUCGACUGGAUCUCUUACUUGCUUUACUUGAUGACCGAUGCUUUUCAGAACAAUGGGAUAUCAUUAUUUUUCAUGCAACAAAUCUAGAAUACCUUAAAAACACGGUCUCGAAUUUGGACUCUGACAGCAUAUCUGUGUUGGCUAUGCUUUUAGAGAAAGCAACAGAAAGAAUUCAAAGUAUUGGUCAUCUACAAGGCUCUUGCGCAGCAAGUUGGCAACAUAAACUUUUGGACUCCACUGCAAUUGCAGUUGUCCGUGAGUUUCCUUCUUUUGGAGCAGGCAGUGCUCGUUUUGUGCGUGCUGCACUUGGCGGGAUGGUGGGAGAUGGUGGAGCUUCAUUCCUGUCCAUGGAUGUGACAGUUGUAGUAUUUAAGGAAGUGCUUAGGAAGUUGAUGAUUUUCAUGAAUGGCUCUUCCUUUGCAUGGGUUAGAGACACAUACUCAUUGAUAACAAUAGAAAGGGCUGAGUCUGACAUGGGAUGUAAAUCUUCUAUUGAUGUACAUGAUAUGGCUCAUUUUGCAUGUCAAGUACUUGGUGGUGUUUUCUUGAGGCUAAAGCAUCUCACUGAUGAGGUUUGGCUAAUUUCAGGAAUAUUAUCUGCAGUGUACGUGAUUGAUUGGGAAUGUAGCAUGGCAACUGUGUUCCUCGAUGAGUUUGCAGAAGAUAUUAAAGAAAAUAUUGAAAAAAGGUUGUUAUCUUGUAAAUCUGUGAAUGCGUUGCGCAACAAGAUUGACCGCCAGUUCUUGAAGAGCCUUGGUGCUAGUACUCAGAAGAACCUUGAAAGCAUUUUGGUUAACUCAGUAAGAAGUGCUGUCACUAAGGCAGAAAACUCAGACCAUGGAAAAAUCACAUCUAUGUGCUGUAACUGGAUUGAUGAACUUCUGUGUCUUUGUCAAGAGGAAUCCGAGGAACAAAUGUUGUUUGAUAAUCUUCUCUCCCAGAGUGAUUCAUGGCCUCAAUGGGUUCUGCCAAAUUUCAACAUCAUAGAAAGAACAACCUGUUUGGAUAAGGCAGAGUUCUCUGAAGCCCUCAAAUUUGUUUCGUUUAUUGGUAAGCUUAUAUCCAAAUUAGGAUUUCAGAGAUUUUUUAGAGGUGCUGCGCCUUCACGGUCAACUGAGAUUGCUGACAUUGAGCUGACCACCUCUCUCUCACAUUAUUCACGUGCCUGGCUGGUAGCAGAGAUAUUAUGUACAUGGAGUUGGGCUGGUGGCAGUGCUUUGAGUUCUUUCUUACCUUCCUUGAUUGUUUAUGUGAAGAGUGAGAGUUAUUGUCAUGAAGCUGGCUUGUUGGAUUCCCUUGUCACCAUCCUAGUUGAUGGUGCUCUUGUUCAUGGAGGAAGUUGUGGGCUAAAUUUGUCUACCAUAGGGCCUGUUACACUUGAUGAGGUGGACAUGAUUAGAGAGCCAUUUUUGAGAGCUCUUGUCUCCUUACUGCUUACUCUUUUUGAUGAGAACAUAUGGGACAAGGAAAAAGCUCUAUUCUAUUUUAAAUUGAUUCUAACCAAACUCUAUAUUGGUGAAACUAUAAAUGCAAAUUGCUUGAGGAUAGUUCCACUCAUUGUUGAUGUCCUUAUUAGGCCCUUGAGUAUUGUAUUUGACACAGUUGAUGAGAGAAUGCUGUCUGAUUCAUCCCAGAGUAGUGAAAUACAAGAGGUGAUGAUGGUGUGGCUCAAGCAAACUCUGUCAUUCCCACCUUUGAAUGUGUGGCUAACAGGAGAAGGCAUGGAAGACUGGUUUCACUUGGUAAUGGCCUGUUACCCUAUAAGAGGCGUGGAAGGUGAGAAAAGUUUUAGCACAGAAAGAUAUGUCAGCUCUGAGGAAAAGAUGCUUUUGAUUGAAUUAUUUCGGAAGCAAAGACUGAAGAAAGAGACCGCACCAUCUUCUGUGAACAAGCUACCAGUUGUAGAUAUUUUGUUAUCAAAGAUUAUUCUGGUUUCCAUUGCUUAUUGUUGGAAAGAAUUUGCUGAAGAGGAUUGGGAAUUUGUUAUUUAUCAUUUGAGGCGUUGGAUUGAACUAGCAGUUGUUACAAUGGAGGAAGUUGCUGAGAAUGUAAAUGAUGCUAUAACUCACAGUUCCACACCCAUUGACUUACAAAUAACUUUGAGGAUGCUUGAAGAUACUGUUUCAGUUAAAGAUCCUUUUACUUUCAAACUUGCUAGAAAUGCUCUUGUUGGAUUUUCCCUAUUUUCUGAAAUUAUCGAGCUCCAAAAGAAGGAUGGAACAGAAAAUUCUAGUCCCUUGAUGGAUAAAUGGGAGAUAGUUUUAGACAGGAUUCUAGAAGGUAUUCUUCGUUUGUUUUUUUCCACAGCUACUGCUGAGGCAAUAUCAAGUUCCUAUUGUUCUGAAGCGUCCUCCAUUAUAGCAUCCUCUCGGUUUCAUCAAUCUAAAUUUUGGGGCUUGGUUGCUUCAAAUGUUGUUAAAUCAUCUUCACGAGCAAGAGAGAAGGCUGUUAAAUCAGUUGAAAUCUGGGGGCUAAGUAAAGGGCCAAUUAGCUCUCUUUUUGCACUGCUUUUCUCUCACAAGCCACUUCCUUCCCUACAGUUUGCUGCUUAUGUUGUUCUUUCUGCAGAACCCGUAUCAUACUUGGCUUUUGUGACUGAGAAUAAAGGAAGUUUUUUCAAUGGAGACAUCUCCAAUAACCAGGAUUGUCGUAGUCUUGAACCAGUUGAUGAAGAAAAUAGUGUUCAUCUUAGGGAAGAAAUUUCCACCAUGCUGGAAAAAUGUCCAAGGCAAGUUCUUGAAAUGGAUUUGCUCUCAGCUGAACAGAUCAACAUCCUUCUUGCCUGGUCUUUGCUGCUCUCACAUCUAGUUUCUCUACCGUCAUCAUCACCUUCCAGGGAGAAAAUCGUCCAAUACAUCCAAGAUUCUUCUUCUUCUAGUAUAUUGGAUUGUCUUUUUCUGCACAUUCCUUUGGAAUUUUGUGCACCUUCAGUUGUGAAAAAGAAGGAUUUAGAACUUCCUGCUUCAAUAUCAGAAGCAGCAAGAGCUGCAACACGUGCCAUCACUUGUGGUUCAGCUGUUUUUGCUCUGGAAUCACUUUGGCCUGUUCAACCAGAAAAGUUCGCUUGUCUUGCCGGUGCUACUUUUGGUCUCAUGCUUCAAACUCUUCCGGCCUAUGUUCGGGCGUGGUUCAGUGAUAUACGUAAUCGUUCCACAUCUUCUGCUGUUGAAUUCUUUACCAAAUCCUAUUGUAGCCCACCUCUCAUUGCAAUGGAACUCUCUCAGAUCAAGAAAGAAAAGUAUGUUGAUAAUUUCUCGGUCAGUGUUAGCAAAUCUGCCAACGAAAUUGUGGCAACCUAUACAAAGGAUGAAACAGGAAUGGAUCUUGUAAUUCGCCUUCCCGCAUCUUAUCCUUUGCGGUGUGUUGAUGUAGACUGCACCAGGAGUCUUGGUAUUAGUGAAGUGAAGAAGAGAAAGUGGUUGAUGUCGAUGAUGUCAUUUGUACGAAAUCAGAACGGAGCCUUGGCAGAAGCAAUACGAAUAUGGAAAAGCAAUUUCGACAAGGAAUUUGAAGGGGUUGAAGAAUGUCCGAUAUGCUACAGCGUAAUCCACACGUCUAACCAUAGCCUUCCGCGUCUGGCGUGCAAGACGUGCAAGCAUAAGUUCCACUCUGCUUGCCUCUACAAGUGGUUUUCCACCUCUCACAAGUCUACAUGUCCCUUGUGCCAAUCGCCGUUCUGAUUUUCUUUCCUUUCAAAGAGGGGCGGGCAGACAGAGCUGCCCUGCCUUCACUGCCCUUUUAGUCAUAGGCUGUUGGCUAACUGGUUUCAUUGGCUAUGGGUGUUAAUAUUGUAUGUUGCUGGUCAACUUUGGCACUUGACACAACAAGUGAACUAACGCCAGGAACGUCAUGCCAUUAUAACUACUUGUGGUGCAGAUAAGGAAGAAGCCCGAGCCCGAAGUAUAAUCAAUGAUAUGUUUUGGCAAACGGAUCAGAACCGAUCUUUCUGAUCUCAUGCCCUUCGUCGAUUUAAACUGAUCCAUGGCAGACUCGGCUUCUCAGUGUCGGUAAUUAACUCCAUGUAUUUUUGCAAUAACAACAGCAGUAUGGCAUUUUUUGGUUUCUGCUUUGUCUAGUCGUACUCUCACCCAGCUUGUCUCACCCCACAAUUAAAUUUAUUUACAGAUAUCUAGUUGAACUUCUAGGAUUUUAGUAGUUGGGUGGUUAGAUGGGGAUGUAUAAUUUAUGCCUUAUGCAUGUAUACUUCUUUGAGUUAAGUUUUUGGUGUCUUUAAGGGCAUACAUAACCUUUUUUUUUACUAAUAGAGAAUGUGUACAUAU